AACUCUUCUCUACACAUUCAUUGUAUAAUAAUGGUGACGGCCAAACUUGGCCUUUAAAACAGAGGAGGAAGGAUUAGAGAAGGAAGAGUAGAGGCAAAAAACUGGAAAGUAUCAAUGGCAGCAGAGGUGAUACUAUCAGUGUUGUUGGGUGGGUUUGUGAUAUGGGGGUUGUAUCUCUAUGAGGUUUUGGUGCUACAGCCAAAGAGGCUAAGAUCAAAGCUUGAAAAGCAAGGGAUCAGAGGGCCUCCUCCUUCAUCAAUACUUCUGGGGAAUAUCCCAGAAAUGAAGAAGAUCAAAAUCGAGGCGAUGAAGAAGCCAGCAGCUACAACAACAGAAGCAAAGGAUCACCCACUUUCUAUUGCUCAUGAUUGGCCUUCAAAUCUAUUCCCUCAUAUUGCGCAGUGGCGAAAGGAAUAUGGGCCAAUCUUCACCUAUUCAACUGGAAGCAUACAGCUAUUAAGCGUUACAGAGAUAGAGAUGGUGAAGGAAAUUAGCAUGUGCACAUCUUUGAUUUUAGGAAGGCCUGCUUAUAUGUCUAAGGAUUUGAAGCCCCUAUUAGGACAAGGCAUUAUCUCUUCAAGUGGCCAAACUUGGUCACACCAGAGGAAAAUCAUUUCUCCUGAAUUCUACUUUGAUAAGGUUAAGGAUAUGGUCGAUUUAAUGGUGGACUCUACAGCGUCACUAUUAAGAUCUUGGGAAAGCAAAGUUGAAAGUGAGGGAGGAAUGGCAUUGUUUAGGAUUGAUCAAGAUUUGAGAAGCUUGUCAGCAGAUAUAAUAUCAAGAUCAUCAUUUGGAAGUAAUUAUUCAAAGGGGAAAGAAAUCUUUUCAAAGCUCAGGACUCUUCAACAAGUUAUGUCUCAGGGAAACCUUGGCAUUCCCGGCUUAAGGCACUUGCCAACAAAGAGGAACAGAGAGAUAAGGAGUCUAGAGAAAGAGAUUCACUCAAUGAUACUGGAGGUUGCCAAAAAGCGCAAUGAGGCUACUUAUGAGAAGGAUCUUCUUCAAAUGAUACUCGAGGGAGCAAAAAAUUACUCUGAUGCUGAUAGCUUUUUUUCAUCUGGUAUGUCCGAGGACCAGUUCAUAGUGGAUAAUUGCAAGAAUAUAUAUUUUGCUGGCCAUGAGACCACUGCCAUCACAGCAUCAUGGUGCUUGCUGUUGUUGGCUGCAUAUCCAGAGUGGCAAGCUCGUGUUCGUGCUGAGGUGCUUGAAAUUUGCAAGGAUGGCAUUCCAAAUGCUGAUGUGCUUCGAGGCAUGAAAACAUUGACUAUGGUGAUUCAAGAAACACUGCGCUUGUACUCACCAGCAACUUUCAUCUCAAGACAUGCAUUGGAAGAUAUUAAACUCAAAGACAUUCUAAUUCCCAAAGGAACCACCAUUCAGAUCCCAAUCUCAAUGGUGCAGCAAUUGCCGGAAUUAUGGGGACCUGAUGCUGCUGACUUUAAUCCCAAUAGAUUCGAGGAUGGAAUUCGUGGGGCUUGCAAGUUUCCUCAGGCCUAUUUCCCAUUUGGAUUUGGCGCUCGCAUUUGUGUUGGCCAAAACUUGGCCAUGACAGAAUUGAAGGUGAUUCUGUCUCUCAUAUUAUCCAAGUUAUCAUUCUCGCUCGACCCUGCAUACCAACACAGCCCGGUUUUUAGGUUGGUUAUUGAACCUGAACUUGGAGUAAGUCUCCAUGUGAGGAGGGUGUGACCUUCUUUGUUCUCUAUCUUGCAAUGACUAAUAGUAAUUUUCUGGUGGCUAGUGUAUUACGGUUUCUGAAUUCUCUGACUUCUGGAAGUUUCUGGUUAUCGCAAUUAAAGUCAUAUCUAAGUGCCAAUACAA